AUGUUGCAAUUCAUUCUCUCCACCGUUUUCCUCAUUGGGUUUGGAUCAGCCCAAACCAUCGACGACUGUCCAGCGGGCAUCAUCAGAGAUAAAUACCUGACUCUCCAUGGAGGAAACUGCUUUGAGUUUCUCGUUGACUGGCCCGCAGACUAUAACACUGCAUCGGAAGACUGCGGAGCACGAGGAGGAACCUUGGUCCUCGUGAACAACAAAGACAUAUCUGAUUAUUUAAUCGAUCAACUCAUCUACGAAUACGGUAAGGCCAGCAAAGUAUGGAUCGGUCUGAAUGAUAAGGCAAAGGAAGGCACCUACGUCUGGGAAGAUGGUACUCCAUUGUCUGGCUACAGCAACUGGGCUCCCACACGGAAUGGCACCAGUGCUAACCACGACUGUGUCUUCUUUGAUGCAAGCAAGCAAGGCUUUUGGGAUGAAGACUUCUGCGAAGACCAAUUGUUUGGCUUCAUCGAGCAUAAGCGACCCUACGUCUGCCAGUAUAGAGCCAGAAAUGGGAGGGCUACUACGACACCACCACCCUUGUAG